CAAUACUAACUCCAAGAGCUCACAAUCAGCAACAACACUUCUACCGAGUCCUUUAUCUCUCUUCCCUUCAUCACAGCAAUCAUGAGCCCUAGCAUUCCAUCCAUCACCAGCUGCAGCACUAGCAUGUUUGUGGAACCAUCGAAACCAGUUUCGUCCCACAUCAACACUAGUCCCAUGGAGAUGAUUGCCGAUCUGAACAACAUGGGAGUCGAACUUGUUGACUCCUCCCAACUCCAUGAAGCCACUCAAUUCUUUCGAAGAGCAUUAUCCAAGGCAAACGAAAUGGCUUUCUUUGCUGGCUCUUCGGCUCGGUCUCCCAUUGGCGAGAACUCGGACGCUUCCAAGAACCUUUACAUCUACCAACGGGGAGAAUACGACGAAGGCAUGCACACCUUCUCCCAACCCAUCAUGAUCGACGCCGAACUUGCAUCCAUCCACACCAGCGUUGCUACCAUCCUCUACAAUUUGGGCCAAGUCGCCAUCCGCACAAACAACAACCAAGAAGCCUCCACAUCCUUCCUCCGCGCUCUUCAGAUCUUCCAGUGUGGCUCUGACUGCUGUGCCAACAGCAUGAAGGCUCUUAGCCACGCUGGAGGUGUCACUGUCGUCGCCAUCUUGUCCAAUAUCGGAAAUGUCCUCUACCGAGCUGGUCGCUUUGAAGAGGCCAUUCAGACUUUCCAAAAGGCACUCGAAGUCAGCACUUCCGCCGCUGCCGCUUGCACUCACCAAAUGCUCGAAGUUUCCGCCACUUUGAACUCCCUCGGAGUCCUCUUCUUCCACUUGCCCAAAGCCGACACCGAAAAGGCACUGGCUUACUACAAAGAAUCCCUCCGAAUUCGUCGCAAUGUCCUCGGACAAGAUGCCGCCACCAAGGAGGUCGCCACAACAAUGAACAACAUUGGCCGCAUCCACUACAUGAAGGGCGAUCUUGAUCAGGCUCUCUGCAUCUACUCGGAGGCUUUGACCAUGCGCCGUCAGCUCUUUGGUGAUGAUCACCUCGACAUUGCUGCCGUCUGCUACAACAUGGGCCAAACCCUCCACCAAAAGGGUAGGUUGGAUGACGCCAUGGAACUCUACAGCGGAUUCUUGAAGAUUGCCCGCAAACGCCUUGGGUGCAACCACCGCGAUGUCGCCAUCAUGCUCAAGUGCAUUGCGCAGAUCCACCACGAACGCUCCGAAUUCGAACAGGCUUGCAAAUUGUACCGUGAAGCCUUGCAGGUCGGAGAAGCAGCAUUGGGAAUGAACCACCCAGAGAUCGCCUCCACACUCAACAAGCUCGGAAACCUUCUCUACGAAAGCGGAGACACCGAGGGUGCCAUUCGUGUCUACAAGGAGGGAUUGAAGGUGGAACGGGCUGUCUUGAGCUCCUGCCAUCCCAACAUUGUUGUCACUUUGACCAACAUUGGACAGAUCCACAAGCUCCGUGGCGAGUAUCACGAUGCCCUUCGUGUCUACAAGGAGGCCGUCCAGAUCCAACAACGCAACCGCGAAAGUUCCACCACGGACAUUGCUGCCACACUCUCUGCCAUUGCCUUGAUCCACUACCAGACACACAGCUAUUCCAAGGCCUUGGAAGUCUACCAAGAGGCUCUUCGUAUCCGCCGCGAUGCCUACGGUGAUGAAAACUUGGAAGUGGCAUCCACACUCAACUCUUUGGGACUUGUCCUAUUCAAGAUGAGCCUCUACGACUAUGCUCUCGAGAGCUUCCAUGAAAGCUUGCGCAUCCGCCACAAGCUUUUGGGACGGGACCACAGAGAUUGCUCUGUUAUUACCUACAACAUUGCCACCAUCCACUUGGAUCAAGGUAAUGACGAUGAAGCCAUGCCCUACUACCGCGAAACUCUUCGCGUCGAGCGGGCUGCCUUGGGCCACGACCAUGCCGAUGUCAUCCUCACAAUUGAACACGUUGGCCGAGUGCACCAACAACGAGGAGAACUCAACGAUGCUGUCCGCCACUUCAAGGAAGCUCUUGAGCUCAAAAUGGCCAAGGAGCAAAAGGAUCACGCAUCCAUUGCACAAACCUUCAAUGAUCUCGGCAAUGUGUACUUGCAAAUGGGCCGGGCCAAUGAGAUGGUGGAAGCCUUCUCUCAUGCCACUCGCCACCUCAAGCAAGUGGGACAAAGCGAAAACGAGCUGGUCAUUACCGGCUUCAACUUUUACGGGCUCAGCAAGUUGCACCCCGAAGCCGCAGCCACUGCCUAAACAAAAACUAUCUGUUGAAUAACUAUUAAUACCAAAGAUGCUACUAGCCAAAUAAUUCCAUGCA